GCGGCCAGCCCAGAGCAGCGCCGGGCACGGGCACCGACUCUCUCUCGCUCCACCUGGCGGGAGCACCAGGCCUGUGUGCGCAGGGACUGGUCCCGGGCAACAUGCUUUCUGCCGCGGCCUCCGGCCUCCUCGUGUCUCUGCUGCUGCUCCCGAGGGUCCUGCCCGCGGUGGUCCACUCUGUGCCCCUGCAGGACACCUUCUCGGAGGACCUGGGGGGCAGCGGGGAGGCUGAUGGCUCUUCGGCCUCCUCGCCGAGCCUCCCGCUGCCCCAGACCCCAGCCCUCAGCCCCACGGCAGUGGGGCCCCAGCCCACGCCCCCGGCGGGCCCCAAGCCGCCCACCAACUUCCUGGACGGCAUCGUGGACUUCUUCCGCCAGUAUGUGAUGCUCAUCGCCGUGGUGGGCUCCCUGGUGUUCCUGGUCAUGUUCAUCGUCUGCGCCGCCCUCAUCACCCGCCAGAAGCACAAGGCCUCGGCCUACUACCCGUCGUCCUUCCCCAAGAAGAAGUACGUGGACCAGCGGGACCGGGCCGGGGGCCCCCAGGCCUUCAGCGAAGUCCCUGACAGGGCUCCCGACGGCCGGCCCGAGGAGGCCCUGGAUUCCUCCCAGCAGCUCCAGGCGGACAUCCUCGCCGCCACCCAGAACCUCAAGUCUCCCACCAGGGCGACCCCAGGCAGCGGCGACGGAGCCAGGAUGACAGAGGCCAAGUCAGAGGAAGAGGAGGCGGGCGGCCAGGAGGGGCACCCUGAGGCCCAGGGCUGUGGGGCCCCAGCGGAGAUCACCCCACAGGCGCCGGAAGAGGCUCUGUGCUCAGUGCCAGCAGAGGGGGCUGCUGGGGCCAGCGAGGGCCCCGGGGAGCCAGAAGCGGCUCCCUCAUUAGCCCAGGAAGCUGGGGACCCAGCUGGCCCCCCAGAAAGCCCCUGCGCUUGUGGCAGUGCCACCCCUAGCGUCUAACAGGCCCCCCAGAGCUGUGGCCCUGACUGUCGGACCCCUAGGGGUCCCCUCCUUGGGCACAGAAAGGCCCUUAGCGCUCCCUGAAGCCCCCUCCCUGCCCACCCCCAGCUGCAAAUCCCAACGUGUCCCGUCCGACCCUGCAGUGGGCAGAGACGCUGGUCUCCAGUCCACUCCUGGGGUCUCACCAAGUUCCAGAACGCUUGCCCCUGCGGCCCCAAAGGGCUCCGUCCCCAAGCACAGCUGC